UAUAUUGUAAAAGAAACAUUUUGAAAAUGAUGUAGCAGAAUAAUAAAAACAAGAAUACAAUAAAAAAAUCGAUAAAGUGUCAUUGAGUCGUAGAAAAAUGCCAUUUCUGUGUUGGAAUAGGACCCAUUUCUUAAUGUGGAAAAAUUGAAAGUAGCAGGAAGCAUUAUUUGAAGGCAGCUAGCUCCAUUAACUCCAUAACUUGUGAAUCUAACCGGCAGCCACAUGGAAGAGAAUAAGAGAAAUGAAGCAGACGAAGCAAAGAAGAAGAAGAACAAGAAAAGAGAGAGUGAAGAGAAGCAGCGAAUGUACCGUGGGGUACGCAUGCGUCAGUGGGGUAAAUGGGUGUCGGAAAUAAGAGAGCCCAAAAAAAAGUCCAGAAUCUGGCUCGGCACGUUCCCCACGCCAGAAAUGGCGGCUCGAGCCCACGAUGUGGCGGCGCUCACUAUCAAAGGCACUUCCGCUUUCCUCAAUUUCCCCGAACUAGCCUCCCACCUUCCGCGCCCGCCCACCACUUCUCCUAAAGACAUUCAAGCCGCCGCCGCCGAAGCUGCUGCACUCAAUUGCGACGCCCAGCCUCAGGCCAGAGCUCAAGCCCAAGCCCAAGCCCAAGCCCAGAUUAUGCCCGAUUGGGAUGACGCGUUCUUGGACCUCCCUGAUCUUUUAGCUGACUCAAGUCAGAGUGCAGGUGGCUUUGGUUACUCUGCGUCGUGGUUCGUAGCCGCACCUGAACAUCUUGACUCUGCUUUUCGGCUCGAUGACCCUCCUUUCCCGUGGGACUCUUCACUUUAAAAAUUGCAUAUAUAUCUUUGUUUGGUCUCUUUCUUUUAUCACAAAAUCUUGGGUAUAUAAUUCUUUAGGCAUGUUUGGCAUGAUGUUUUUCAACUUCUUCACCAGCCACUCUUGUGCUAAACCUAAUGCAUUUUCUUUAUUCUAUAAAAUUGUCUCAAUAAACUAUUUCAACCAUAGUAGACAACUUUUAU